AUGAGCAUGAACACAGUAUCAUCAAACUACAAUGGUUCGCACAACCGCGUCACUAGCUCUCAUGCGCACCAAUCUGGACCCAAACCUGGGCGACAGCAGAGCGAAGUCGCUCCCCACAGCAUCCCCGAGGACAGCGAGCAAGAGCGCCUACCCACCUCCCCAACCCCCCCAAAUCCACAGCACCACUCCGACCAUCCACUCCGCGACUCCCUCUUCCCCAACCACGACUUCGGCGCCCUCCCCACUCUCUACAUCACAAACCGCACCUCCUCACUAAGCACAUACACGCCUCCGCCUCCCCCUCCACCCCGCAGUGCAAAACCCAUCCCGCGCGUCGUAAACGCUGCGCAGGAAGAUCUGCACGUGGGCCGUGAGGCGGCGGUGGGGUUUAUGCUGUACCGUGAGGAGAGGGCGAGGGAGAUGGGUUCUAAGUCUGAAGCUGUUGGGAAGGGGGGGUUGUGGGGGAGGGUGAGGAGGGCGGGGGGGAUGUUGUGGGUUGGAUCAAGGGAGCGGAGGGGAGGGGGAUGGUGGGUGGGUCGGAGGGGGCCUAGAUUGGUUGUUGGGUAG